AUGUCAGCCAUACCGUCGCCGCAACCGGCCAUCAAAUCAGAACCCGAAGAGGUCUGCCCGAGAACCAGCGUAUCCGAAGAUGACCGCUCUGCUGGCCAGCUGUGCUCCAACUGUGGUACCACAAAGACCCCUCUCUGGCGAAGAGCUCCCAACGGCACCCUCAUCUGUAACGCCUGUGGCCUCUACCUACGCUCCAACAAGCACCAUCGCCCGGUCAACUUGAAAAGACCCCCCAACACCGUCUCCGUCAAGGAGACAGAGGGUUCUUGCAAAGGUGACGGCUCCUGUAAUGGUACGGGCGGCUCUGCCGUGUGCAAAGGUUGCCCAGCUUACAACAAUAGAGUGGUGCUUCGCCAGAACGAAGAGCGCCAUGCCAAAGAAGAGGACCACAAGCUGUCCGAGGAAGAGGACAGUUUGGCCGUGGCCUGCUUCAACUGUCUGUCUACAAUCACGCCGCUCUGGCGUCGUGACGACGCCGGCAACACCAUCUGCAACGCCUGUGGGCUCUACUACCGUCUUCACGGGUCCCAUCGUCCCAUCAAAAUGAAGCGCAGCACCAUCAAGCGCCGUAAACGUAACUUCGACACCCCUGCGCCCAAGCAAGAAAAGAGACUGAAGCCCGAGAAGGCCCUGCCGCGACCGAAGGCUCUGCCGAACCCUCGGGCCCAAACGCCUGCCAGCGACGCCACCCCGGUUGCGAUGCCCGCCCUGGCGCCUCCUCACAAUCCUGGGCCAGCUCCCAAUCCAGGCGCUGUCCAGGCAGGCCAGGCGCCGUUUGUGCCCUCGUACUACCUCCCGUACCUGGGCCACGGCAGAAUCCCCAACGGACCAGGCCCCAUGCCAGGCCCUCCUCCGCCCCAGGUGGUCUUCCACCAGGCAGUGCCCGUUUACUACCCAGCAUACGCCCAGCCCGCGCCUCCACAAGGGCCUCCGGCGCCUCAGCAUCCUGCGCACCACACCCAUGGUCCCCAGAGACCCGCAUCUCAAGGGCCCCAGGCGCACCAGCAUAUCCAGCAUCCUCCCGUCCAGGCGCCUGCUCCGCAGCCGUUUUUGCAGCCGCUUACCUACGGCCGUUCCGGGCUGCCUGCCCAGGAGAAGAUUACGCUUCCUUCGAUUCAAAAUAUCCCACGCACUCCGCCCGUCGAGGCCAACAAGCCUGCGUUGGCGGUGGACUUUACCAAUGCGUUCCAGGAUAAGGAGCGCGGCAGACGCAGCAUGUCAAUCGGGGGGCUUCUCAAUGACAAAUAG